AUGCGUUUCUCAUUCCUCCUCGCUGUUGUUGCUGCGUUGACAACAUCCAUGUCUGUCAGUGCGACACGGUGCACAGGUCUCUACGGGGCCUGCAGCGGCCCCAUUCGGGCGCCCCUACCAUGCUGCUCAGGUUUCACUUGUAAGAAGAGUACACAGCAUGUCGCGACAUGGUUGAUUGCACGAUAUGCAGUUCGUCGUGGAGUUGAUCAAUAUGAUUACUUCUAUACAAAUUUCCCUGCUGCCUCGACCAGACUCUUGAAUAACCUUUCUGUGGCAUCGAUAAACGUACAGGUCCUUGAAGAUGAUAUUGCUGAGAAGGAAGAAGGGACUACUUAG